UAACCGCUCCGCCCGCGCCCCCGCCCCCAGCCCCGCGCGGCGAGCCCGGCGCCGACGCCAGGCGCUGGCCGUGGUGCUGAUUCUGCCAGGCGCUGGCGGAGGCGGUGGCGGCGGCGACCCCGCUCCCGCUCCCUGGCCGGACCCAGCAGGCUCUGCCCCUCCUGCGCCCACGCCUCGCAGAGCUCCUCGCCCUCCCGCCGCGGCCCCAGCCCGGGCGCGGCUGCCAGCAGCACCAUGCGCCCGGCAGCCCUGCUGCUCCUGCCCUCGCUGCUGGCGCUCCUGGCUCACGGACUCUCCUCAGAAGCUCCAACCAUGGGGGAAGGACAAGCCACAGGCAUCAAGGAGACAGAUGGGGAGCUGACAGUGGCUCCUACCCCUGAGCAGCCAGAGCGAGGUGUCCACUUCGUCACAACAGCCCCCACCCUGAAGCUACUCAACCAUCAUCCACUGCUGGAGGAAUUCCUUCAAGAGGGGCUGGAGACAGGAGAGGAGGGGCUGAGACCAGCACUACCCUUUCAACCUGACCCACCUACACCCUUCACCCCAAGCCCCCUCCCCCGCUUGACCAACCAGGACAGCCGCCCUGUCUUUACCAGCCCCACUCCUGCCAUGGCCGAAGAACCCACCCAGCCCCAGUCCAGGGAGGGACGUUGGAGCGUAGGGUCAGAGCUCCCUGUGCUUCAUAUCACAGCCCCCCUACCUCCAGGGCCCAGCCUUGCAGUGCCCACCCUAUAUCCAGGGGAGAGACCUAGUACUACACCCCCCAGCAGAGCCUGGACUCCAACCCAAGAGGGUCCCGGAGAUAUGGGCAGGCCAUGGGCUCCAGAGGCCCUGUCCCAGACCACAGGGCUCGGGAUGGAGGGCACCAUCGUCACCUCCACAGCUUCCGGAGAUGAUGAGGAGACCACGACCACCACCACCAUCAUUACCACUACCAUCACCACAGUUCAGCCACCAGGCCCUUGUAGUUGGAAUUUCUCUGGCCCCGAGGGCUUUCUGGACUCCCCCCAAGCCUACAGCUCACCCUCUGACGUUGGCCUGGACUGUUUCUACUACAUCUCUGUCUACCCUGGCUACGGUGUGGAGAUCAAGGUCCAGAACAUCAGCCUCCGGGAGGGAGAGAUGGUAACUGUGGAGGGCCUUGGGGGGCCCGAUCCCCUGCCCCUGGCCAACCAGUCUUUCCUUCUCCGAGGCCAAGUCAUCCGAAGCCCCACGCACCAAGCAGCCCUAAGGUUCCAGAGCCUUCCACCACCUGCUGGGCCUGGCACCUUCCAUUUCCACUACCAAGGACCUGGUGCAUGCUCCAGUCAGCUCAGAACACCUGUGGAAAGAGGGGUGUGGUGUAACCACGUGGGAAAUCACAGACUCAGGAGAUGGGCAGAUCUGUGUUGGAAUCUCCUCACAAACUGUUGACCUUAAAUAGGUCAUUCGACCUCCCUGAUUCUCCUUUUCUUGCUCAAAGAUGAGACCAGAGAAUCUAUCAAAAAAAAUCAUGGCUAGGAUUAAAUAAAAUGGUGUGUGUCAAGUGCUUAACAAAUGUUGCAUUAAAGAACUUGUUUUAGCUGGGCGUGGUGGCGCAUGCCUGUAAUCCCAGCACUGGGAGGCUGAGGCAGGAAGAUUGUUAUGAGUUCAAGGCCAGCCUGGGCUACACAGUGAGUUCAACACCAGUCUGAAUUACAUGGUGAGAUCCUGCCUCAAAUAAAUAAAUAAAUAAAGGAAAAUAAAGAAAUUAGUGUUAAUAUGGCUUGAAGAAUGGGAAAGGGAAGAAAGUGGGUUUGGGACUUUCCUGCUUCUCAACUGGUACCCUUUCCUACACAUCCCUUCCCUGGGUACAUUGUCAGCUUGAUCUUUUGUACACUUUAAUCAGUUCAGAACUGAGAGCACUAAUGGGGAAAUAAUUGAUGUGAGCAAUCAUGGGAUUGUCUUGCGUUGUCAGGGACCACUUCUGCAGCCCUGUAGGGGGGAAAGAAGCCCCCAGCAGGCAAGCACUCUAGCUGGUAUGCUCUGAACCCCACCUAAGGAGCAUUCCUUGGCCCAGUCUGGCUUCCCCACCCAAACUGGGGAAGAAGUCCCGGCAUGGCAGCAGGGAGCCUGGCGGUGGACAUGCAUUGUACAGUGGCUCAGCAGAGGCAAGGGGCCAGCUGAGACAGGGGUUAGCAUCAAGGCGUCCCAGCCGGCCUCCCUAAUGGCUCAUCAAUCCUCUCUGGCAGCCGGCAUAAUUUCACGCCACAGUAACCUUUUCUCUUGCUGCAAAUUCCUUUGCACAAAACUCUGGACCCCCUCUCUCUGUUGGGUCAGACAAAGGUGGCUGAAUGGCAGUAAGCUGAAGCCCUGCAAGAGGGAACAAGACCCCAUGGAAGGGCUGGGAGAGCCGGCCCAGUCCUGCUCCUUCUCCUCUCCCAGAGGCCCUCCCUCCUCCUCGGCCCAGUUUUUGUCAAUGAUCAGCUCUUUCCUUAAUGAGUGUAAUUCCCCUAAUUAUAGGCUGUAAUUAGCCCUGAUCCCAGAGAUGGGAAUGGGAGAAGCAUGUGCUCACACGAGCGUCUCAUGGGCUAAGGAAAGAGGAUGCCAGAAAAGGGGGUGAGGGACCCCGCACCCAUGCUCCAUGUGGAAGUUGUCCAAGGUGAUUUUGGAGAUCAUUAGGAUGGACCCCAACAAGGCCUCAGGCAGGAACAAAUUCCAACUCCCCUCCUCCAGCCUCAACAGGGAAGGGAGGCUUACCCCUCCUCCAUCCGGAGCAUUCCUGGCACUGGACUUGGCUCCAAAAACAGACUCUGCCAGUAAGAAAAUAACUCAACAGAUUGCGGUGGUUCAGGCUCCCCGGGAAUGGUUGUCAUGGCAAUAGGAGGAAACUCAUCCCAGAAAGAGGCACUUUACCAAUUAUGGAGUCUGGGGGACUUUAUCCUCUGCCCCAGCCUCCUGCUCCUGCGUCAUCCUGGCCCAGUCUGGGAAAUGGGGACCUCCCUUUCCAAGUUGUGACUGAACUCAAGGAGAAGAUAGAAACAGAGGUGCUGCCCCUGACAUGUGGCUCAUGGUCCGGACAGCUAUCAUUUAGCUCCUCAGCUCUGUCUACUCUGGACAUAGCACCCGCAUCCCAUCCUGCCAUGGAAUCCCUCCAGGUCUCUAUGAGUGCCCUAAACAAACUCCCAAGGCGGCCUCAGCUACAAUUCUCAGCCUUCUUUAACCUCUGGUUCCAGUUUUCCUCUUUACCUGGAGAAGCAGGAGUUAGGCAGAAUAGAAAGCAGGUGCCUGCUAGAGCCAAGAGCUCAAAUCCCACUCCACACUUAUUUGCAGUGUAAUUAAGGGACAGAGGCUCUAUGAACCUCAGUUUUUCUUACCUGAAAGAGGGUGAAUCAUCUGUAUCUUGUCCUCCUACCUCCCAAGCAUAUUGUCAAGCAUGAAGAGUGUGAAAACACUUUAGGAUAGCUGGAAAGUGCUGUGCAUGUGAGAUGCUAUUAUUACUCGUUACAAACAGUAACAUCAGGCUGGGGUGUUGGGCAUUUGUGCCAGGCAUUGCAGGCCUGUCUUCUAAUGUAACCUUCACAGUACGGGAUGCGAUACUGUAAAUGGAUGUAAACCAAGGCACAGAGAAGGGAGGCAACUUCCCCAAGGUGGUACAGCAAGUGAAGGAGCCAAUCUUCAAAUCCAGGCAGUCUGACUCCAAAGUCUGUGGUCUAAGCAUUGUCUUGUACUGCCUGCCAGUCAAAACUGGUCUCUCCGGGCUGGGGAUUUAGCUCAGCGGCAUAAGCACCUGCCUUGCAAGCAGGCAGUCAUGAGUUCGAUCCUGGUCUCUUUUUUUUUUUUUUUUUUUUGUCUUUUUCAUUUUUAUCGGUACCGGGGAUCGAACUCACGACCGCCUGCUUGCAAGGCAGGUGCUUAUGCCGCUGAGCUAAAUCACCAGCCCCGAUCCUGGUCUCUUCAUGGCCAUUCUCUUAAGAGACAGAAGAGUAGGAACUAUCCUGCUUUCACAGGCAUACUAAGAACAGGACCGGUGGAAUAUGCCCAUGAUCACAGUAUUUUGAGAGGCUGAGGUAAGAGGAUCACAAAUUCAAGCCCAGCCUGGGCAACUUAGGAACUUAAUGACUGUCUCAAAAUUUUAAAAAAGUGGGGAGAGGAUGUACUUCAUCCGUGAAGGCCUUGGACUCCAUCCUCUGUACCUCUAAACAAGACAGGAGUUUAUUCUUCCCUGCCUUUCAGGCCAGUUUUUAGCUGCCCUCUGCAUAGCUUGGUCCCAGCUGGGAUUUGCCAGGUUGUUUUGUAGGAUUUGCUGUCACCAUGUGGUCGUGUUUGGUAUGACAAGUUCAGGAACUACCAGGUUUCCUAGGGCAACUGGUCCCACCCCCAGCUUUUGAGAAGGGCUGGCUCAGCCCCACCACCUCACUCCCAUCCUGUCUUCUGAAGAAAUCCUGCACCGUCACCAUCAAGCUUUUUAACAUUUCCCAGGGAAUACUGGGGAAACGUUUGCUCUCUGACCAGUAUUUCCUGCUGCCCUUCCUAUUUGUCUCCUACAGAAAAAUAAUAUCACACUUUACAUCAGUGUAGGCUUUUCACCGUUUCAGAUGCUUUCACAUCUACCAGUCAUUCCAUAAAUACUUUUUGAAGAUAUAGUUUCAGCUGCAUGCCAGGGAAACCAAGCUGGAUAAAAUACUACUGCCUUUAGUUUCAGAUUAACUCUAUAUGAAGGCUAGCAUUUUGAACCUCAUUUAACAAAUGAAGAAAAGAUACAAAGAGGUUAAUAACCUGCCUGAAGUAUCACAGAGCUUGGGCCGGAUGCCAGGCCUUCCAACUUUUUGUUCUGAGUUUGUUCCACUAACCAGGUCAACCUGCUGGAAAUACCCUUGGUGCCUUCUAAGGAACAGAUUUGGAGGUAACCUUCGGGAACCCCUAAUGCUUCUUCCUCUUGUCCCAAGUGAUGUCUCCCAGGCCAGCUGAGGCAGACUGGCACAGGCCUUCACACACACACCCAUAAUGGCUCAAAUUCCCUACACACACACACACACACACACACACACACACACUCACUCACUUUCUCUUUACAGCUUACCUCCUGAGCUGCCACUUUCCCAGAA